CCCUCCCUCUUUCUCUUGUCACCGUGUGUGUGUGUUUUUCGGGAGGUGGAGGAGGGAUGCCGUUUUCUUUCGCGAUCACAGAAAGCAAAUGUUAUGUUUUCCGACACAUCUUCGUGUUCGUGUUCCCACGCGGGAGGCUUUUUUAUUCCCCUGACAAACGCAGUGACGGUCACACCGAAUGAGAGGCGCUGAAGAUCGGACUGGACUGAGGGGAAGAACCGGAGACUGGCUGGGAGGGAGGCAGCACAUCCGCUGCUUUCUUUAAUUCAACCGCAGCUUGCAGUUGAUUUUAAUCCCAAGGCCUGGCACGUUUGUCUGUCGCCUUCUUCAAAUGUUGUCUUAUACGGUCCUUGCCUCUGUUUCCGUGACUAUUUCUCCGCGACAGCUGUCGUUUUGACGUUUGUCACCCAGAAAAAUAUUCGCCAGCAAACGGGGGGGCAGAAACUCCCCCUUUCUUCUCUCAACUCCAACCCGCGGUGGUCGCGCAGAGACCUUCUGUCCUUCUCUUUAACCCUUAUAAGUCGCCCCAAUGGUUGCGUUAUUUUUGUUUUCUCACCAGAAGACUAUGCAGCUGAGAGGAAAGCGAUCACCACCGGGAUUGUUUUAUUAAUAACGACCCAGCCAGUAUCCACCAUAAUGGUACGAUAGCGUCUGGGAAAGGAUUGGGGGGGAAGUGAAAAGCUAAGUGGAGGGUGUGUGUGUGUGUGUGUGUUGGGGGGGUGUUCAGUCUGGGCUGGGGUGUUUCUUUUCCUUCAAGUGAGGCUGUGCUGGUACCAACAACACCACACAGACAGACAUGAGGUGAAUGUAGCGAAACAUUUUGGGUUUUUUACGCAUCAUUUUAAGCUGGAUCACGGUCUUGCUGAUCCGUGCUGCCUUCACGGACUGUGACAAUGAGGAUUGUAUGAGAAGUGCAGCUGUUUGCCCCCCCCCCACUCCCCCCCCCACCCCCGAUACACAGAGCCUGGUGUGACUGACAACCAGGCUAAUCUGGGGUGUUUUUUCUUUAACCCAGUGUGAGCACAAACCCACUUCUUUAUUUUCUCUUGGACGGCGAAGCGCACUCAGGACGAACAUGUCUUUACGCACGGCACUGCCUGGGAACGAGAGGAACCCGGACCAUCAUACCUCGCUGUCGGCCAGCCGCUCAGAGAAGAGCACCGGCUGGUCGAGCCGCUCGCUUGGUGCCCGAUGUCGUAACUCCAUCGCCUUGUGUUCAGAUGAGCAGCCACACAUUGGAAACUACCGGCUACUCAAAACCAUUGGCAAGGGCAACUUUGCCAAGGUCAAGCUGGCACGACACAUACUGACCGGCAAAGAGGUUGCAAUAAAAAUCAUCGAUAAAACACAACUUAACCCAACCAGCCUACAGAAGCUGUUUCGGGAGGUGCGCAUCAUGAAAACUCUCAACCAUCCCAACAUAGUGCAGUUGUUUGAGGUGAUUGAGACUGAGAAGACUCUUUACCUGAUUAUGGAGUACGCCAGCGGAGGCGAAGUGUUCGACUACCUCGUGGCUCAUGGUAGAAUGAAGGAGAAAGAGGCCAGAGCCAAGUUCCGACAGAUUGUCUCAGCGGUGCACUACUGUCAUCAGAAGAACAUUGUUCACAGAGACUUGAAGGCGGAGAACUUGCUACUAGACGCUGACUCCAACAUCAAAAUAGCCGACUUUGGCUUCAGUAACGAAUUCUCUGCGGGCAGUAAACUGGACACGUUCUGCGGCUCCCCGCCAUAUGCCGCCCCAGAACUCUUCCAGGGGAAGAAGUACGACGGUCCGGAGGUGGACAUCUGGAGCCUUGGUGUCAUCUUGUACACGCUGGUCAGCGGGUCCUUGCCCUUUGACGGACAGAACCUAAAGGAGCUUCGGGAGCGUGUUUUGAGGGGAAAAUAUCGCGUGCCCUUCUACAUGUCUACAGACUGCGAGGGAAUCCUGCGCCGCUUCCUGGUCCUCAAUCCUGCCAAGCGCUGCUCGCUGGAGCAAAUAAUGAAAGAUAAGUGGAUUAAUGUCGGCUAUGACAGCGAGGAGCUGAAGCCCCACACAGAGCCUGUGGAGGACUUGAACGACACCAGCCGCAUUGAUGUGAUGGUUGGGAUGGGCUUCACCAGGGAAGAGGUCAGAGAGUCGCUGGUCAGUCAGAAGUACAAUGAGGUCACCGCCACGUACCUGCUGCUGGGACGCAAGAACGAGGCGGAGGGCAAUGAGUCUCGUUCAGGCAGCAGUCUCAGUCUAGCUCGAGUCCGACCCGGCACCAUAACCAACGGAACCAGCAAACACACCACUUCCUCUUCCUCCUCUGGUGCACCUACUUCCUCCUCUGGCCACAAGGCACAGCGCAGCGCCUCCACUUACCACCGCCAGAGACGACACUCUGACUUCUGUGGUCCCGCGGUUCCAGGAUCGACGCACCCCAAGCGGAGUCCCAGUGGCGUAGGCGAAGGGGCGGGGCUUAAGGAAGAGCGGCUGUCGAUCCGCAAGCCGAGCACCAACACCGUUGGCUCCCGUAGCAUCCCAACCCCCUCCAGUCCCAUGGUUAGCUCCGCCCACAACCCAAAUAAGUCAGAGAUACCCGACCGCCGCAAGGAAGUUACCUCGACCACAAAUAACAUCCCUGCUAGUGCCAUGACUCGAAGGAACACGUAUGUGUGUACGGACCGAUCCAACACUGAUAGACACACUCUGCUGCAAAAUGGCAAGGAAAACAGUUCUAUAUCCCACCGCCUUCCCCCCGCCUCCCCCUCAACUCACAGCAUCGCCGGUGCCUCUGGGGUCUCCUCCUCGUCCUCCACACCCUCCUCCCGUUUAUCCAGGGGAUCCACGGUGAGGAGCACUUUCCACGGAGGGCAGAUUAGAGACCGUCGGCCUCCCUCCCAUGCUCCCCCAGGUUCCCCAACGCCGUCCCAUGAUGCCAGCCCGCUGCCCCACGCCAGGACCCGGGCCACGACCAACCUGCUGAGCAAACUCACCUCCAAGUUGACCCGCAGGGUCACUCUUGACCCUUCUAAACGUCAGAGCUCAAACAAGUCCAUGUCGGGCUGCACCCUCCCACAGGGGACAAAAACAGUUAGUAAGUCUUCCUUUCCCAUGUUUUCUGGCUGCUUCUGUCUGUCUGACUGUCUGCCUGCUUGCCAGUACCCCGUCAUCCUGUCCGCCCCUCAUUCGCUGUCUGUCGCAGGUUGGAGUUUAGUUGUAUAAACAUUUAUCUGAGGCAACGCUACUUUACAGGCAGGAAUUUAAUCAGUUACAGUCAACCUUUAUGGUUCUGGCUCCAAGAAAAGCCCAGCUGUACUGAUGCGAAGUGGAAAAACUCCAAAAAUGUAAAAUGUUGUCUUCCUUUUAUUUCCCACAUGAAGUGUGAGUCUCUCUUGCAAGUUUCUCAUCAAAUGUAUGCUUCAUCAAAAAGACACUUAAGGCUUAAAGAGAGUUCCUUAAUUGAAAGAGGUCUUAAACGAAGUGGACAGUUAAAAUCCAAUGUAAUUGCAUAUAACAGGAUUGAGACUGAUAUAUUGGAUAUAGUAAAUUCUGGCAGUUAAAUAGUUUAUAGUUAAAUUAACCUGAUGGGAAUGUUUGCUUGUCGCUUCAGCACCAUCAGACCUGCAGCAAACGGUCACUACUGAAGCUCAUCAUCUUAUCAUCUCAUGAAGGGAAAGUUUUGAUUUUAGCGAAAACUAACUUUUAAACUUUUUUUUUCAAUUGGUUUAUCCAUCCAUCUAUUUUCUGCCACUUAAGACAGGUUUUCCAUCAUACUUUGAUACUUUUUCUGGUCUUAUCGUGAUACAGGAAGUUGGUGAGCACUGCAGAAACCCUGUCACCAUUCAGUCCAUCAUAGUUAUAUGUUGAAGGGAUAUUUACCUCAGUAUAGAUUACUGUCGUUUUACAGAAGACAGUAUAUUUUCCUCAGGUCCGCUCUGUUUGCACAAAUUCUGUUUUUCUAUGUCCAGUAACAGGCAGAGGUGGAUUAGAAUAUCCAGACUUUAAAGCAUCUCUUUAGAAAUGUAUGCUAAGGUUUAAAAGCUCUGACCAAGCAUGUUUAGGAGUCUUAAUUGCUAGAGCCAAGUCUAAGAAACUACAUCCCCAAAACUAUGGUCCCAGUUUAAAGAAGUGUAACUCCUUAUGCACGAUUGUUUCUUCCUAUAGAGCAGCUGUAUCUCAAAUUAGUGUGUUUGUGUGACUGAAACUCUAAUCAGCAGCUGCCUGCCUGAAUGUCUGUCUGUCUAGUUGGACUGUCUGUGUCUCUGCUGCUGCUUUACGAUGUAGCACUCACUAGAGGCUGUCGGUUGUACUGCACCUUCCAACAAAACGCAAAACAGACAUCGGUUUUCUGGAACAACUAGAGGUGAAGUUUGAGUUUUAGAUGCAGGUUUUUACUUUGCACUUAUUACUAGAUAGUCUCUUCGCCUGUUUGCUUGUGUAGGCACAAAUCCACAGUCACACGUGACACACACACACACACACUCGUUUUUAGAUUAAACAACCCUAUGUAGAUGUUUGUGUUUCCCCUGGAGUAUGUGAGUUUAUUGCAACUAGUCUGAGUCAUGUAAUCAACACCAUAUGUUUGCUCGUGCUGUUAACAAAGCAGCAGUCCUUCAGCAGGAGAGGAUACCGGACAGACAGGAAGCAGGGAGGCGUUAUUGUCACAAGACAGAGGUUAUUGAGGUAAACAGCUUUGUUACUGGUACAGGUAGUGUGCAUUACUGUUUUAGGGGCAGUAACUGUAUAAUUGUAUUUAUGGCCAAAAUAGACACCACUGUGAAACACUUCCUGAUAUCCAGCUUGAUUGAAAAUGUUUCAGUGUAGUUUUUGGAAUCCAUGCUUUAGAAGAGCAAAAGCUUCUUUAUACGGCCAACUUUAUGCAUUUUUCUUUAUCAAAAGGUGAUUUUCUCUCACACACACACACACACACUCUGUAAACAGAUCCUCUACACUGCGAUUCAAAGAUUUUCAACAUUAUAUAUGAUAAUCCAUAUAGCGGUAUGGUUCUAAACUUGUUGUUGUGGGUGGGCUUGGUGUUCAUAUAUGUAACUAUGUUCUGUCAAUAUGCUGCUAUUUUGGGCAGGUCUCUCUUGAAAAAGAGGUUUUAAAUUCCAUUGAGAUCAUCAGGUUAUAUGAAGGUUAAAUAAAUAAAUAAGGAGUAAGGAGGAAACCUGUGGUCAAGGAGGCAUGGAGUGUUUUAUACCAUUAUUAAGAGCCUAGACUGUAGUGUAAGCACAAAACAUUGUGUUUUGAUUUUGUGCUAAGCUGUUGCUGUCUCUCUUUGAGAACUAAAUGUUGAGAUUAUAAUAAGGUAAAUUAUAAAACAUUAUUAUAAAAUAAUAUCUUUCUUUAGUACACUUUACAUACUAAGGCUAUAACUAACAACAAUUUUCAUUAUCUAAUGAUCUGUCAAUUAUUGUCACGAUUAAUUAAUUAAUGACACUCACAGUUGCUCAGUCCAAAUUGACAUCUUCAAAUGUCUUGUUUUGUCUGAACAGCAAUCAAAACCCAAGUUUACAGUUGUAGAAGAUAAAGGAAACUCAAAAGAAUUGUUGCAAAUGAAUUUUCUGUCGAUUAGCUGAUUGAUAAACCGUGUCGCAUGUCUAGUAGAUACAUAUACUGUAUAUAGAUAUAGAGAGAGCUUUUCUUUACUGAUUUGAAGUUAGAUUGCGUCUCCCAUUGUGAUCACAUGGACAAAUAAUGAGGUUUACAGUUUGUAAUACUUUGUAAAAAGUGCUAGCAAUACUGUUUAAAUGACCUGUUGUGAAAAUUCUGAUUUGGCAUACUUAAGUUGUAAAGAUUCAUAUCUGGGUAAAAAUGCGCAAUUCAGUCUGCGUCAUUGUAGCUUUGAAGCAGUGACAUUACGAGUACACAGCAUGUGUCUGAGCCCCUUCCUGGAGCAGAUGCUUGUAAGAAGAAGCAUCUCAGCCUGCUGCAGUCAUCCUGACUGACUGACCCAGCGUCGCUGCCGUUUUAAAUCUGGAUUAGUUAUGUAACUAGGAUUUAUCCUUCUCUUAAACGGGGAUCUUGCACAGUUCUCUCUCAAGAUACAAGCAGAUUGUCCUCUUACACUACUGUCUCUCCCUCUGUCACUUUCUGCUCUUAUUACCUCACUUUGAGCCCUCCCUGCUUCUCUCUCACCUCCCAGCCGUUACACAGAUUAACUGCACAAGAGUCUGUCAUCACAUACUCUUUUUCACAAAACACUUCCCACUUUUACUCUUCCAUGAAGAUGUGAUAAGACUUGUCUUGCUCAGGGGGCACCUUGGCAGCAGUUUCUAAAGGAGGAAGCAAAGUGUUACUCACAUUCUUUACCCAGACAAGAAAGGCAAGGUCAUAAUCUAGAUGGGACACCACCAAUUCAGCGGUCACAAAACAUUUACAUAAUUACUGCGGUACACCCAAGUACAGGCAAGGUUUCAAAAGAUGGCCUUAUAUAGGUAAACAUUUGUACUAGUUACCGAUUCUUCCAGAAACAUAAUGGUCAAGUUUGGAACAUUUGAUUGUUAUUAAUCCAACAGGAAUGACCUUCCAGAUAUUUGCUGGAUGAUUGUUUGGUUGACAUUUACUCAUAAAAUGCUGAUGGGUUUCCCACCGACUGUGUGGAUUAGCAGCAAUCUCUCCAUGUACUUUAAGAGAGGUGUCACAGGUGUAGGACUGCAGCUAGAUUUAAUGCCCUGCAGCAGCUCCUCAGUCAAAUCCAGGGUCAUGUUAGAUUAGGUUUCAUUUUCAGGCAAAUCUUUCAAUGAAAUCUCACUGCUCACUCCUCCAGGCCACCCCUAGUUCCUGGAAUAUAGAUCAGGUUACGGGCUUGGUAGGAAAGAAGUGCUCAGUCUGCACACAGAAAGUAGCAACAGUAGCACCUGGUGGCCAUGAAACAGAAGUGCAACAAGCUGCCCUAAACUCAGUAGUACCUGCCAGCCUGUAUGUCCUUUAGCAGGAGCUUACAGUAUGUGUGACUCUUUAAUAUGGCAUGCUGAAUGCAAUAAGCUACUAGUAUAUACUAAUAUGAUUGGAAGAUGAGACUUGUCACCAUAAGCUUCAAGAAAGCACAACAUAGGAAGAUUCCACAUAACUUCAAUAUAAAAAAACCUGCAGGUACAUUUAAUAAAACUUGAAAUGUAGAGAGGGAUGUUAGCAACAGUAGUAGUGCAUAAAUGAAUGAAGGGCGUGCUGUAGGAGUAAUGUAUGCUGUAAUACAAGAGGAAAAGGAUCAGAACCAAAGCUAAGACAAAAGUUGGCAGGAAAGAUGCCGACAACUAACACCUGUUUAUGUAACUUUGUACAGGGAAGCUUAUAGACAACUGGCUGUCGAAAGGUUUUAUAAUCUAUUUUGUCUCAAUAUACAUUAUUAGUUUAUGUAAUAACGUUAUCUUGUGAUCCUAUGAAGUAAUCCAUAAUUAUGUUAAUGAUUUGAACCUCAUCUGUUCAGUGUUUUUUGUUAUUGCAGAUCUAGGAUCAGUGUUGGUUCCAAAUCAGCUCCACACUUUUAACUAUUAUGUAAAUAAAAUCAUUUUUUAAAUAAUGUAUCAUGCAAAGAGCUAAUCUGUCCUAAUUUAUAUAUAUAUAUAUAUUUAUUUAUUAUUAUAAACCUGGCAACACUGAGGAGUGUGCAUCAUACUGGAUCAGAUAUGUUCAACAUGACUAGCUGAUAUUAAUUGGUUCCUGUCAAUCACCUGAGAGCCAAAGAAAGAAAUGCACCAGCAUUAGAUGAUGUGUGUGUGUGUGUGUGUGUGUGUGUGUGUGUGUGUGUGUGAGAGUCAGACCACCACUGCUCUGGAUUCACUCCCUCUACAUUUGUGUAUCCUUCUCAUUUGUUUUGUUGUUUUCAUCCAGUGUAGGCUGGUGAUGAUCCAUCUGUGAUUUGCAGACGUUGUCGUGUUCUGUGUUGUGACUGGUUGAUGUGGAUUGACUGACGUAGACGUGCUGCUAAUUGGCGUAUUAAAACAAGAAGGUGUGGAGUUUAGGAGGGGAGAGAGGUUGGCCGAUUGAUUCCUAACAGAUACGUUUU